CUUAUCAAAGAUAGCGGAGAUCGCGGAUAGCUAGAUCAGGAUAAACUUGUUCUGAAGUUACGUAGAUUUUCGGGCUGAUGUUUUUUUGGUCAUAGGUUACGAUCCUGUCAGUGAUAUAGCGAUUCGGAAAGUGACCAGCAAGUGGCAUUCAAUGGACAGGGAAUUACGUAAGAGAGAAUAACUAAUUGUUGUAUAUGUCUGAUGUGAGCUGUCAGUGACCAUUGUCCAGCUUAACGUGAACAAUCUGCGGUAAAUAACACACCGAUAAGAUAGCGAUCAUUUAGUGAUCAAUAGGUGGACAAAAUCAUAUUUUGUGAAUAAUAGACGAACGAAAACACCGAGUAACCAGUGAACAAGCGGUGACCGUUGGAAAGGAGAAACUCAGACCAAGCUGACCAGACAGUGACCACACCACCAUUAUGAAGGAAACACGUGCAAUGCUGAUCACGGUUUUCGCCAUAGCGUUCGUGACCAUUAUCCCUAUCAUAUUACUGGUCAGGGUUGUGACGUUUACCAAAGCAAUGGAAGAAAUCAAUCAACUUCGACACAGGAAUGGCAGAAAUGGUACAGAGACCGGAAAUACGUCACUAGCCUUCUUGUAUGGUGACGAAAGGUCCCAAGGGGCAGAAUUUUCAAAAGGAGACAUAAUCUUCAUCGCUGUUGUUAUCGGAGCAUGUGUCGUCGCCAUCAUCAUCACAAUUGUCUGCCACCUAGCGUGUCGCCGACGAAGCAAUAAGGGGAAUCAAGCAAGUCUGCUUGGCAUCUGCUGUUGCUAUGAUAACAACGUGAACAGCCGGUUCAAAGUUGUCAGCCAAAAGAUGGGCUCUGAUUGUGCAAUUUGUUUAGAGGAGAAAAAUAUGAUGGUGAAGCCGGUCGUAGAGAUAACAUGCAAGCAUACGUAUCACCAGGCUUGUAUCAGUAAAUGUCUCGAGAUGGACAAAAGAGCCAAGUGUCCACAAUGCCGACGACAACCCGGACAGUACUCAACUACCGAACGGUUCAUUGCCAUUAUUCAGACGCUUCUCAGGAAGAGGAAGGAGAGGACGCUCGAAGCGAAGACAGGAAAAUUCCAACAAGCAGAAGAGGAAGAAAAAAUGGCACCAGAACACACAGAUUUACCAGAGUGCAGCAGUUACAUUCCUCCGGAGAUUCCUCCUGAUGCCAUAGUUUGAGGCUGUGUACCCAAAUUACCUGGUGCUUCAAUUAAAACCUUUUUAUUUUUAUUGGAAAACAGAACAUAAGAUGGUUCCUGCCCUUCAUUGCCAUGGCAAGGGUUGAUUAUCACAACAAUACUUUACAUCUCAUUUAAAUGAGAGCGUUAAGGAUGUUGUGCAUCAUUGGGUUUACCCAUAAUACCCAAAUGUUCGCGACUUCCGGUUGUUAUAACUUUGGGAAGCUCAAGACCUGCAAAGUUUGCAGAUCAACCUGUUGACAUAUAUCAGACAUUGCACCAAAGUCACACUGGUUGCCAUGGUGACAUCACAAUUCUGUGCGAGCUUGGAAGAAAACAAUACGCCAGUUCCAUUCAGUCCAUUCAUCUCAGACAAUCGUUAUGCUAUGUAAUAGAACAUAUCAUUGUCUUGGCGUCUUACUUGUGUUAAAUUGUGUCAUUGUAAAGAUGCUCAACCAGGCAUCGGCUGUUUCGUGUAUGGUGAAGAAAGUAUUUAAAGUACUGUCAAUUUGACUGUAAAACUAUUCUUAUUGUGAGUAUUUACAUAUAUAUAUAUAUAUAUAUGAUGAAGCUUUCAGAAAAUACAAUUUAAAUUUCCCUGAAGAUCACCAUUUAUAUAUUAUAUAAACACAUUUCAUACAUUUAUUGUAUUUCAGAAUCAUAGUCUUUAUUUAGCAAAGUCUAUUUCAAAUAACAACGCAAAAUUUAAUCGAAGAAGUACUUACUUUCGAGAAAUCGCCAAUGAAGCAUAAGCUGAUUGUUAUUUACUAAAUUGUGAUAUUAUAGGAUUUUCCUGAUUUGUCUUAUUCAAAAAAGGAUUCAUCGAACAAUUAAUUGUUUACGAAAGUUUAAUGGUUGAAUGAAUAUUUGAUUUGUUUUGUAUUCUUCCUAAAGAUAUGCUAAGGAAACACACUUGUGAAAUAUGUUUGAAGUUAUGUACUGUUUACUUCAAGACAAUGGAUUGUGCAAUAUAUGAGUAAAUUUAAGAGGUAAAUCUCGACAUUUACCAGAUUUGUAAACACGUUAUUCUCACGUUAAGGUAUAUUUGUUUUGUUUCUGGAGAAAUAUAAUCGGAGAAUCGAAGAACUCCUGAAAAUAACAGGUUUUGCGAUUUAAGAUAUAUAUUAUCGAAAAUGAAGUGUUUAACUGUCUGAAUGAAAGUCGUGUGUAUAAAGAAUGCGUGUGUAACAGUUAUAUAUAGACAAAGUCUUUAUAUUCCAAAAUGUGUGUGUGGUUUUGGUCCUAUCCUCAUCAUCGAUUACUAAGAAAAAAGAAAAACAAUAUUUUAGUACUCAAAUUAUAAACGAUCAAUGAUGCUUUCCUUAAUUAUUUAUUAAUAAAACUAUUUUGGCAAAAGAAUGGCAAGCAUACGUCAAUCUGUCUUCAUAUGUAUAUGUGGUGACGUUUUUAAUUUAUAUAUUUUCGUUACAUCAAAUCUGAAAAAAAGAGAUAUAUUUUCGUUUAGAAUUAGAAAUAUCGAAUGAUGCUUAUAUAACCAAAAUUCCACUUCCCAGUCAGUCUUUCGUUGUAUCCUCAUUGUGAUGAGAGUCAUGGGUAUUGUUGUUGGUGUCUGUACAGGUAUCUUGUAUGUAUAACGAUCAUAUGAAAUAUGUUCCUGUGGCCUUACUAAAAUGUAGAUUGUUAAAAAAUAUUUGUUUAUAUUUAUAAUGAAAACCCCAUUGUGUCACUCUUUCAAUAUUACCAUUACUUUAACAUUCUGUAUAAACAAAUCUUUUUUUUUUUCGAAUUUCAAAGCAUUAUUUGAAUGUUGUGUAUGGCUAGACUUUUCCGAACUAGCAAAAAGUCAAUGUGUUGUAAAUACUUCCUAUUUGUAUUGUGAAAAUGUCGUGUUAUAAACACAAAUUAUCUUGGUAGAGUGAUUCAUUUAAUUAAGAUAUGGAUAUAAGUGUGUGUGUGAGAGAGAGAAAGAGAGAGCGAGAGAGAGAGAGAGAGACAGACAGACAGACAGAGACAGAGAGAGAGAGAGAGAGAGAGAGAGAGAGAGAGACACAGAGAGAGAGACAGAGAGAGAGAGACAGAGAGAGACAGAGACAGAGAGAGGCAGACAGAGAGAGGCAGACAGACAGACAGAGAGACAGACAGACAGUGAGAGAGAGAGAGAGAGACAGAGAGAGAGAGACCGAGAGACAGAGAGAAGGGGGUAUGUUGGUAAUAAUCGCGGGGAAUUUGACUUCGCUAUAUUCGCAUGUUUUGAAAUAGCGCGAAUGUAGAUACCCAGCUAAUAUUUAUACAUAUGAAUGUAUUGUAGUGCAUUAUGAUUACAUCGCAUGGUUGCGCGAUAACCGCGAAAUAUUAGCCGUGUUAAAUUUAACAGCUAUGCUAGAACCGUUGAAACUAUUUUUUUAAAAAAAGCAUGAAACUCAUUUUACGUAGAAGUAAAAUGUCACUUUCAUUAGCCAUAUAAAAAAAACAACAUCCUGUAGCUUUAAAGAGCAUUGACCUUUAGAUAAUUCGUCCAUGUUUAUUACUCUCCAAUGUAUUUACUGCCCUUUUCAUGCUUGCCAUAAGCGAACAAGUCCAAAUAUGCAUUUCCAAUCUUCUGCUACAAGUUUAUCUGCUGCUCAAACUUGAGACCUCAAUCAGUCUCUGUCGAUUCUGUAAUAUCUACCAAUUAACUUGUUUGCCGGAAGUAUUUGUCGUACCAGUGCAGGGGACGGAGAAUGUCCCAAAACAAGCCGUGUAUAUUGGUGAAUAUCGCUUGUUAGGAAUCUCUAUUGAUGAAUGUAUCAUCCUGAACUCAUCGUGUAUUAUCAUCGUAAUAGUAAAUUACCCGAUGAGUUCCGGAUGUACCAGCGAUCCCAGUGUCAUUGUUUCAAACUUUUUUUAUAGAAAUCUUUAAAAACAAUUUUAUUAAUAAUACAAUGAUAUCCUCUGCAUCCUCCGGAACAACACCCUACAAUUAAUUCAUUGUUCACACACUCUCUCUCUCUUUCUCUCUUUCUCUCUUUUCUUUCAAAUCGAACACCAUUUAAACAUCCUUCUUGUUCUCAAAUCAAACACAUGUAUAGCAUCCCGUUCCUGUUUGUUGAUAAGCGUCCUUUUUACUACGGAUUAGUAUCGAUUGUCAUUGUUGAUAAGCUUUAUAACAUAUUUACGGUAUGUGAACUUUUUUCAGGUUAACAUUUUUGUCAAUACAUUUUCUGGCUGUUGUCUAGAUGUAUACAGAUAUCAUAUAAAUUUCUCAUUGACAUGAAUGGUUUUCAUCUUUAAUACUUUUUUGUACAUUGUAAUAUUUGUGAUAUUGCUUAUUUUUAAGAAAGAAUCAUGUUCCAAUUAUAUUAUUGUUGUAUGUUCACAGAAAAGUAUCGAAAUAAAACAAAGUCAAAGUU